AUGGAUUACCAGAGUACAAAAUUUGUUGAUAAUAUGGUGGCUGAUAUGCGGAGCUGUCAAUACACGAGUGUAUUGUCGAGUACAUCACAUAUCAUAAACUAUGAACCAUUCAAUUCUUCAAACCUUAUGCCUGUCAGCCGAGCCAUCUCUGGUGGAAAUCAUGGUUUGGCCGGUAAUGCAAACAACUCAUGGAUUCAGUUGUCAUCGUAUGAUCUGAAUGAAAAGGACAGCGCAUCCCUUGCCUCCAGUCCUUCUCUAAUUGAAGAACAUUGUGUGGAUCAACACAAUCACGACAUAUCAGAAAGCGGUGAACAAAACUCAUUGGAAUCUAACGGAUCGGAUGAUUGUGUUGGACACAAGUCUCGCAAGUGUUUGCUGUGGGCCUGUAAGGCAUGCAAACGAAAGUCUAUAUCAAUUGAUCGCAGAAAAGCUGCGACUAUGAGAGAGAGGAGAAGAUUAAGGAGAGUGAACGAGGCGUUUGAGAUCUUGAAACGUCGGACGUGUUAUAAUCCAAAUCAAAGGCUACCAAAAGUAGAGAUACUUCGGAGUGCUAUUGAAUACAUCGAGAAUUUAGAGGAUCUGUUGCAACAAAACACUAAUAAUAUGAGAAACGGUUCACAAGUGAUACUAGAGAUACUUCGAAGUGCUAUUGAAUACAUCGAGAAUUUAGAGGAUCUGUUGCAACAAAACACUAAUAAUAUGAGAAACGGUUCACAAGUGAGCGGCUCAUCACUGCUGGGCUCGAGUCCUGGGUUCCCAAUAAAUCACUCGCGGAUCUCACAUAUCAAUUCACAAUACACUAAAGAGUAA